AUGGCCCCCAAACAAGUAGUCUUCUCGGAGAAAGGCUUGAAGUCCAACCUCCUUUCUCAGGCUAUUGUUCAUAAUGGUACCAUUUAUGUGAGCGGCCACAUUGGUCUUGACACAUCCACCAUGCAGGUGGUCGAAGGAUCUGUUGCCGAUCGAACCAAAAAGGCGCUUGAGAACAUCCAAGUUGUGCUUGAAGAAGCUGGAAGCAGCCUUCAGAAUAUCCUCAAGCAUGGAGGACUACGCCGCAAUGAACACGGCCUGUGCGUAAUUCCCUACCCCAUUCACAUUCCAACGAACUCACCGGAAACAGUCCUCGAGAUGAUCCCGGAACCAAGACCUGCACGGACAUGUGUUGCUGUGAAGGAAUUGCCAUUCAAGACUGAUGCAAGUCUUCAAUGGUCGAUCUAG